CGGGGAGGGGCGGGGCUAUGGAGAGGAGGAGGAAGAUGGCGGGCGGGCGGCUCUGAAGAGACCUCGGCGGCGGCGGAGGAGGAGAGAAGCGCAGCGCCGCGCCGCGCCGCGCCGGGGCCCAUGUGGGGAGGAGUCGGAGUCGCUGUUGCCGCCGCCGCCGCCGCCGCCGCCUGUAGCUGCUGGACCCGAGUGGGAGUGAGGGGGAAACGGCAGGAUGAAGUUCGCCGAGCACCUCUCCGCGCACAUCACUCCCGAGUGGAGGAAGCAAUACAUCCAGUAUGAGGCUUUUAAGGAUAUGCUGUAUUCGGCUCAGGACCAGGCACCUUCUGUGGAAGUUACAGAUGAGGACACAGUAAAGAGGUAUUUUGCCAAGUUUGAAGAGAAAUUUUUCCAAACCUGUGAAAAAGAACUUGCCAAAAUCAACACAUUUUAUUCAGAGAAGCUCGCAGAGGCUCAGCGCAGGUUUGCUACACUUCAGAACGAGCUUCAGUCAUCGCUGGAUGCGCAGAAAGAAAGCACUGGUGUAACUACGCUGCGACAACGCAGAAAGCCAGUCUUCCACUUGUCCCAUGAGGAACGUGUCCAACAUAGAAAUAUUAAAGACCUUAAACUGGCCUUCAGCGAGUUCUACCUCAGUCUCAUCCUGCUGCAGAACUAUCAGAAUCUGAAUUUUACAGGGUUUCGAAAAAUCCUUAAAAAGCAUGACAAGAUCCUGGAAACAUCUCGUGGAGCAGAUUGGCGAGUGGCUCAUGUAGAAGUGGCCCCAUUUUAUACUUGCAAGAAAAUCAACCAGCUUAUCUCUGAAACUGAGGCUGUAGUGACCAAUGAACUUGAAGAUGGUGACAGACAAAAGGCUAUGAAGCGUUUACGUGUGCCCCCUUUGGGAGCUGCUCAGCCUGCACCAGCAUGGACUACUUUUAGAGUUGGCCUAUUUUGUGGAAUAUUCAUUGUACUGAAUAUUACCCUUGUGCUUGCCGCUGUAUUUAAACUUGAAACAGAUAGAAGUAUAUGGCCCUUGAUAAGAAUAUAUCGGGGUGGCUUUCUUCUGAUUGAAUUCCUUUUUCUACUGGGCAUCAACACGUAUGGUUGGAGACAGGCUGGAGUAAACCAUGUACUCAUCUUUGAACUCAAUCCAAGAAGCAAUUUGUCUCAUCAACAUCUCUUUGAGAUUGCUGGAUUCCUUGGGAUAUUGUGGUGCCUGAGCCUUCUGGCAUGCUUCUUUGCUCCAAUUAGUGUCAUCCCCACAUAUGUGUAUCCACUUGCCCUUUAUGGAUUUAUGGUUUUCUUCCUUAUCAACCCCACCAAAACUUUCUACUAUAAAUCCCGGUUUUGGCUGCUUAAACUGCUGUUUCGAGUAUUUACAGCCCCCUUCCAUAAAGUAGGCUUUGCUGAUUUCUGGCUGGCCGAUCAGCUGAACAGCCUGUCAGUGAUACUGAUGGACCUGGAAUAUAUGAUCUGCUUCUACAGUUUGGAGCUCAAAUGGGAUGAAAGUGAGGGCCUGUUGCCAAAUAAUUCAGAAGAAUCAGGAAUUUGCCACAAAUAUACAUAUGGUGUGCGGGCCAUUGUUCAGUGCAUUCCUGCUUGGCUUCGCUUCAUCCAGUGCCUGCGCCGAUAUCGAGACACAAAAAGGGCCUUUCCUCAUUUAGUUAAUGCUGGCAAAUACUCCACAACUUUCUUCAUGGUGACGUUUGCAGCCCUUUACAGCACUCACAAAGAACGAGGUCACUCGGACACCAUGGUGUUCUUUUACCUGUGGAUUGUCUUUUAUAUCAUCAGUUCCUGCUAUACCCUCAUCUGGGAUCUCAAGAUGGACUGGGGUCUCUUUGAUAAGAAUGCUGGAGAGAACACUUUCCUCCGGGAAGAGAUUGUAUACCCCCAGAAAGCCUACUACUACUGUGCCAUAAUAGAGGAUGUGAUUCUGCGCUUUGCUUGGACUAUCCAAAUCUCGAUUACCUCUACAACUUUGUUGCCUCAUUCUGGGGACAUAAUUGCUACUGUCUUUGCCCCCCUUGAGGUUUUCCGGCGAUUUGUGUGGAACUUCUUCCGCCUGGAGAAUGAACAUCUGAAUAACUGUGGUGAAUUCCGUGCUGUGCGGGACAUCUCUGUGGCCCCCCUGAACGCAGAUGAUCAGACUCUCCUAGAACAGAUGAUGGACCAGGAUGAUGGGGUACGAAACCGCCAGAAGAAUCGGUCAUGGAAGUACAACCAGAGCAUAUCCCUGCGCCGGCCUCGCCUCGCUUCUCAAUCCAAGGCUCGUGACACUAAGGUAUUGAUAGAAGACACAGAUGAUGAAGCUAACACUUGAAUUUUCUGAAGUCUAGAUUCACGUCUUUGGUUUUCCUACUCUACAAUCCUUUCCUCGACCAACGCAACCUCUAGUACCUUUCCAGCCGAAAACAGGAGAAAACACAUAACACAUUUUCCGAGCUCUUCCGGAUCGGAUCCUAUGGACUCCAAACAAGCUCACUGUGUUUCUUUUCUUUUCUUCUGGUUUAAUUUUAAUUUUCUAUUUUUAAAACAAAUAUUUACUUCAUUUGCCAAUCAGAGGAUGUUUUAAGGAACAAAACAUAGUAUCUUAUGGAUUGUUUACAAUCACAAGGACAUAGAUACCUAUCAGGAUGAAGAACAGGCAUUGCAGGGACCCUCUGAUGGGACGGUACUGAGAUAUCUCGGCUUCCGCUCGACCCGGUUUUGACUGGUUGAAACCGGACAUUGGUUUUUAAAUUUUUUGUCAGUUUAUGUGGAGAAUUUUUUUCUUUCCUUCAUACCCAGCGCAAAGGCACUGGCCGCACUUGCAGGAAAAGUGCAACUUAAAGCAGUACCUUCAUUCAUGAAGCUACUUUUUAAUUUGGUGUAACUUUUCUUAUUUUGGGAAGGGUUGCUGGGUGGGUGGGAAAUAUGAUGUAUUUGUUACACAUAGUUUUCUCAUUAUUUAUGAAACUUAACCAUAAAGAAUGAUAUAACUCCUGUGCAAUGAAGGUGAUAACAGUAAAAGAAAGCAGGGGAAACUUACAUUGGAUGACAUUUAUGAGGGUCAGUCCCACAUACCUCUUUCAGGAGACAACUUGUACCAGUUUGACCUUUUCUUUCCUUUGUUUUUAUUUUAAGCCAAAGUUUCAUUGCUAACUUCUUAAGUUGCUGCUGCUUUAGAGUCCUGAGCAUAUGUCUCAUAACAAGGAAUCCCACACCACACCACCAGCUGAAUUUCAUGGAAGAGGUUCUGAUAAUUUUUUUAACUUUUUAAGGAACAGAUGUGGAAUACACUGGCCCAUAUUUCAACCUUAACAGCUGAAGCUAUGCCUUAUUAUGCACCCGCAUGUAUGGUCACUGUAGCAUGACCUUUGCUAGCUCUGAAUCAGAAGACAGAGGCAUUUCAGAGGCUCUGUGUGCCCUCACUAGAUAGUUUUUCUUCUGGGCUCAACCACUUUAGCCAGAAUUUGAUCAAAUUAAAAGUCUGUCAUGGGGAAACUAUAUUUUUGAGCACAUGGAACAAAUUAUCCUUCCUCAUUCACAUUAUGUUGAUACAAAAGACCUUGGCAGCCAUUUCUCCCAGCAGUUUUAAAGGAUGAUCAUUGGAUUUCAUGCCAUCCCAUGAUAGAAAACCUGUUUUAAAAUUGUAGGGAUCUAAACUUGGUCAUACAUGAGAAGUACACUGCUUAGAAAUAGUAGACUAUUAUGAUCUGUCCACAGUGCCCAUUGUCACUUCUUUGUCUCAUUUCUUCCCUUUGUUCCUUAGUCAUCCAAAUAAGCCUGAAAGCCGUAAGAGAUAUUACAUUAUUGAAUAUGGUUGGCAUUAAAUUUAGCAUUUCAUUAUCUAACAAAAUUAAUAUAAAUUCCAGGACAUGGUAAAAUGUGUUUUAAUAACCCCUAGACCAAGAUGAAAAUUCCAAGUCAAUACCAGCAGAUUCAUGAAAGUAAAUUUAGUCCUAUAAUUUUCAGCUUAAUUGAAACAAAGGAACAAAUAAGUGGAAGGGCAGCUAUUAUUACCAUUUGCUCAGUCAAAACAUUCGGUUACUGCCCUUUAAUACACUCCUUCUAUCAUCAGCACUUCCACCAUGUAUUAAAGUCUUUACCCAUCCCUGUUGUAACUCCAGUAAGAUUAAAGUUACUGUUACUAGAAAAUUUUUAUCAAUUAACUGACAAAUAGUUUCUUUUUAAAGUAGUUUCUUCCAUCUUUAUUCUGACUAGCUUCCAAAAUUUGUUCCCUUUUUGAAUCGAGGUUUUUUUGUUUUGUUUUGUUUUCUGGAAAAAAUCAUACAACUUUGUGCUUCUAUUGCUUUUUUGUGUUUUGUCAAGCAUGUCCCUUGACCCAAAAUGGAAGAGUAAAUGUUUAAUUAAUGCUUUUUAGUUUAAAUAAAUUGAAUCAUUUAUAAUAAUCAGUGUUAACAAGUUAGUGACCCUUGGUAGAUUAAAGGUUGCAUUAUUUAUACUUGAGGUUUUUUUUCCCCUGAGUAUUCUGUUUUUUAUACUUUAAAACUAUGGGGGAAAUAUCACUGGUCUGUCAAGAAACAGCAGUAAUUACUACUGAGUUAAAUUGAAAAGUCCAGUGGACCAGGCAUUUCUUAUAUAAAUAAAAUUGGUGGUACUAAUGUGUAUCCAGAGCCAUUUGAAUUGUUAACUCUAUUCUUUAUUAGUGAAUAUGAUGGCACACAUAAAAUCUUACCGUUGACUUCUGCUGUUUGAAUUCCCCAGUGUUUUUACAUUAAUGUAUCCUAUGGCCAGUUUAGUCUUUCUUCAACUGUUAUGAUUCUAGGCCCUAAUCGGUCUUAUUCUUUCACAUAUGAUGCAAUGAUAGAUGUAAUCCUUUUCUGAAGUGUUUGUCAGAUUAGCAUAGUCUAUUCAAAAAUAAGGUUUAUGUAACUUUCAGCUUGCUAUGUGACAGAAGUUUAAAUAUGUAUUUAAGUACACAGCUUUAUGUUCCUCUUAAAGCUGUGAAGAGAAAAGAGGGCUUUUCCUCAUCAAGAGACCUUGGGAGACAAAACAUACAUUUAAUUUUUUUCUUUCAAAAAAGGCAAUGUGCACUUUCCUCUCCUAAAUUUUAUAUGCCCUAGCAGUUGCGAAUGUUGUGUCCACCCUGCAAUUUGGUUGGAGGCUCCCAUACACUGAAAUUCUCAAUAGAACUCUUAAAAAUGAACAUUGGCUGGGUGCAGUGGCUCACAUCUGUAAUCCCAGCACUUUGGGAGGCCAAGGUGGGCAGGUCACGAUCUCAGGAGUUUGAGACCAGCCUGACCAACAUGGUGAAACCCCAUCUCUACUAAAAAUACAAAAAUUAGCUGGGCGUGGUGGCGCAUGCCUGUAAUCCUAGCUACUCGGGAGGCUGAGGCAGGAGAAUUGCUUGAACCCGGGAAGCAGAGGUUGCAGUGAGACGAGAUCAUGCCACUGCACUCCAGCCUGGCUGACAGAGCGAGACUCCGUCUAAAAAAAAAAAAAAAAUCACAUACUCAUUUUAAAGGAGCAGCAACCUAACCAAAGUUAAAACUUCAUUUGAUUUUAGGUUUAGAAAUUCUAGUUUUAUUUUGGAGAAUCACUCAGUUUUUAAUAUCAAUUAAAAUAGUCUUCAAAGGAAUGAAAAGGAAGUCUAAGUAAAUGAAUAAAACUCGUUUUUCAUUUUAUGAUAGUAUAGAAAGCAUUGAUGUGUGUAGAGAAAUUAAAAGACAAAAGUGGUUUACUGUCUAUGCACAAAUGAGUGCCUAUAUUUAAGGCUGCCUAUACCAUUACAGUGGCAUAAUCGUUGAUUUCACAGCAUACAGAGAAACAAUGAAAUCAAAGAUUAAAUCAUUAAUUAGGUUAUGAUGGUCAUUUGUAAGGCUGGAAAGUAGUCAAAAACCCAGGUGCAACUUUUUUUCAGCACUCUGCCAUUAGGCUCCUUAGGCAAGCUGCUUAACUUCAGUCAGAAGCAAUGGUGUGGGAGAACACCAUUCACCUCAGUAGUAACUUAUAAAAACCAUGUAAAGAGGAAAAUGGGCCCCAGCCGCUAGGAUCCCUGACUUCCUGAUAUUCUAAACAUGAGAGUUCUAUGACUUUAACUGAGCUUUUUACCAGAAGUAACGUGUUGAUAUGUAUUAUCUUUCUACCAUGCUUUGACCAAAGUACAUUCACAGUAACUAGAGAAAGCAGUUCAUCCAUUUCUGGAUAGGUGAACCAGGGCAAGGUAAGAAUAGAAAAAAAGUAAAGUAGUACUGAGUCAUACAGGUAUCAGAUUAACAGACAUUUGUUGAUGAUAAGUAAAAUAACUUUGGAGAGAGCAGAGAAGAGCAAGAUGUUGGACGUUGGCAGUAAGCCUCAGCAAGGCAGUUAGGAAAUUACAUGAGCCUGAUGACUCGAAGAUGAUGCCUCCAUCUCUCCACUCAGUGGUUAUUAAAUUGCUGGGAAAGACCUGCCUUUAUUUUCCUAUCAUCUUUUCCCCAUUACUUUGCAUUAUUCAGGAAAUAGUUCUUUAUUCCCAAAUGUAAUUUUCUAAGCAGUGACUACAAAAAUUUCUUAUUCUAAGGAAAAUAAUUAAGAAAAUAACCCUAUCUGUGGCAUUAUUUUAAAACGUGGGAUACUCUGGAACAACUGUACUUUAUCUGGUAAGCAGAUUUCAGGUUAUUGUUUUCUUUGAAUGGUUUACAUGAAAUUUUCCUCUCAUAAAAUAAGUACCUCUUACUGUACAACAUUUGAGUUUUUAAAAUUGAGAUAGCUUCUGAGAGAAAAAAAAAGUUGAAUUUGUAGCUCUGUCAACUACAAAAUCACCACACUUUUCUCAAAUAUAAUAGGAAUUCAGUGUCAUUACAGAUAAGAUCUCUCUAAUGACCAGAUGAAGACAAUUGAAGGUUUGGUAGAACUUUUGCAAAAGUUAGGUAAAGAAGAAUAAAUCCAGUUUGUCAGCUUUGUUCAUAUUCUUUUUCUGAGUGAUCUAAAUUUUUCUUGCUUAUGAUCAUGAGCCAAGACAAGGAGUGUUAAAGGUUUUCUGAAUGCAAACACGUAUACGUUUCUGCAUUUCAUAAAUCAGUCUUAAUAGUAAAUCCUACAAACUCUCAACUUUCUGCAUUGUAUUUUAAGUCUAUACAAUGUUAGAGCACAUGGUAAUGUGGGACAGAGUUGAUUAUAUGAUAGCAUAAGAAAUUUGCACUUGUUGUGUUACAAACCAAUGAUUUAACCAGCAUACUCACCAAAUAAGAAAAAGUAAAAACAUCUCAUUAGGUUUGGAAGAGCCUAAGUUAGUCCAUACAGGAAGUUUGCCUGAGAACGGAGAGGAGCCUGUUGAUUGGCAUGACUCAUGAUGCCUUUCUUGUAUGAAUUAUCAAAACUCUGAUAUUGAGUUGCCCCUAGAAAACAGCCUUCCAGAAUAUAUUUGCUUAUUUAUGGUGGAAGAUGAAGUGAGAACAAGAUGAGAGUUUCCCUUAAAGUAAGGAGAAUCAUUAUACUAAUUUGCAACUGAAGUAUGUUUCCUUGUAGCAAACCUUUGGUUUAUUUUAUCAUCAAAUCAAAGCCACCUUCAGUUUUUUGUAUGGUGCCAUCAACCUAAGGAGGACAAUCAAAUAACCUGUUGUUUGCCUUGGAUUCAGUAUAUCUACUAAGUACACAGUCUCAUAUUGUAUACCUUCAAACCAGUUACUUGACUAUACUUCCACCGUAUUACCUUAGUUCUUCCUAUGCCCUUUCCUCUGUGCCACCACAAGUCGGAGGGAAAGACUGCAGUACUUCUAGAAAGAUGUGGACGUCUAAGAAAGAGCCAGGCUUCCAUCUCACUAUCCCUUGAUCAUUAUCUCUGAAGUCCCUACCUGCACUUCCCUGAUUGCCCUAUAGCAACACCAGCAUGGUGGGAAUAGGGGGAAAGAUUGUGAAAAAUCCCUAAAGGGUAAUUGUUCAUGACGUUGUUACUUUGAAUUGUAAAAUUGUGAGCCAUUCACAUUUCAAUUGCUAAAAGAACAGAACUCUUUAUCAUGUUGUGAAGAUUAAUUUCUUGCCAUUUUCUAGAUUAGCACAGAAGCUUGUAUCAAUGAAGAGUAUUUAGGAGGGAAAUAGGGUGAAGAUUGUAUUUUUCUGUUCAAAGUCUCUCCUUCUAUUUGUGUUUCCUUCACCCCUCUCCCUCCACCACACUGUGUUGGUCAAAUGAUACUAUUCUAUGAAACCCUGAGCUAUAGUUGUCAAAAGUAACUAUGGAUUGUGAUUAGUCUUCUGUGGGUGCUUCUUUCCCUCUUUUUUCUCCCUUACUCUCUUUCUCAGUCUCCACUCUGGUAAAUGGAAAAGGUGACGUCGGAGAAUUGAUGCUUGCUUGGACUCAUGUUGUAUCUGUGACUAUGCUAUUAGCUGUCUCCUUUUUCCUUUCUAUAUGGGUAGAAUUCUUACGACCUAUGAAGUUCCCUUCUUGAUAAGUAGGUUAAAUGCACAAUGUGGUACUGUUUUAUAGUUUCUAGAUGGUUGUAUAAAGCAAAAAGUUAAUGUGGUUAUGUGUUUUUAAAAGAAAAUAAGUGAUUGGUUACUAAACUCUGUCCUUUUUUCAUUAUUACAAGUUCUCUCUGUUUUCCAACA